AUGAAUGAGCUAUUAUCAUCUCUAAUUAACUUUAGUGUAAAAGAAGAAUUAAAAAACAGUAGUAAUAUUAGUGAUAGAUUAUUAUAUAUAGUUUGGAAUAAUAUAUUUUUAAGAAAUGAAAUUCAUAAACAUAUUUUAAAGUUUAUUUCAUAUAGUGUUGCAGAUCUUAAUAAAUCACAAUAUGACCAGUUUAAAGAUAAAUCAUAUAUAACAAAACUUAAUUGGUUUGGUGAUACACUACCUGAUAAAAAUGAAUUGCCACCAUUUUUGACAAGUUUAUAUUUGCCCUAUUUUUCUGAAAAGUUAACUCCAACAACUUUACCAAAUACAAUAACUACACUCACAUUCGGUAAUGGUUUUAACCAAGUAGUUCUACCCGACACAUUACCAAAUAGUCUCACAACACUCACAUUCGGUCAUGGUUUUAACCAAGUAGUUCUACCUGGUACAUUACCAAAUAAUCUCACAAAACUCACAUUUGGUCAUAAUUUUAACCAAGUAGUUCCACCGGGUACAUUACCAAAUAAUCUCACAACACUCACAUUCGGUUAUAGUUUUAACCAAGUAGUUUUACCCGGCACAUUACCAAAUAGUCUCACAACACUCACAUUCGGUCAUUUUUUUAACCAAGUAGUUCUACCCGACACAUUACCAAAUAGUCUUACAACACUCACAUUCGGUAACCAAGUAGUUUCACCGGGUACAUUACCAAAUAGUCUCACACAACUCACAUUCGGUCAUUAUUAUAACCAUAUAGUUCCACCUAGCACAUUACCAAAUUGUCUCACAACACUCACAUUCGGUGUUAGUUUUAAUCAAGUGGUUUUACCCGGCACAUUACCAAAUAAUCUCACAACACUCACAUUCGAUAAUGAAUUUAACCAAGUAGUUCCACCCGGCACAUUACCAAAUAGUCUCACAACACUCACAUUCGGUAAUGAUUUUAACCAAGUAGUUCUACCCGGCACAUUACCAAAUAAUCUCACAACACUCACAUUCGGUCAUAAUUUUAACCAAGUAGUUCCACCGGGCACAUUACCAAAUAGUCUCACAACACUCACAUUCGGUUAUUGUUUUAACCAAGUAGUUCCACCCGGCAUAUUACCAAAUUGUCUCACAACACUCACAUUCGGUUAUUGUUUUAACCAAGUAGUUCUACCCGGCACAUUACCAGAUAAUCUCACAACACUCACAUUCGGUAAUGAAUUUAAUCAAGUAGCUCAACCGGGCUUAUUACCAAAUAGUCUCACAACACUCACAUUCGGAACUAAAUUUAACCAAGUAGUUCUACCUGACACAUUACCAAAUAAUCUCACAAUACUCACAUUCGGUGAUAAUUUUAACCAAGUAGUUCCACCCAACACAUUUCCAAAUAGUCUCACAGAACUCACAUUCGGUUAUAGUUUUAACCAAGUAGUUCUACCCGGCACAUUACCAAAUAGUCUCACAGAGCUCUCAUUCGGUUGUAGUUUUAACCAAGUAGUUCUACCCGGCACACUACCAAAUAAUCUCACAACGCUCACAUUCAGUUAUGACUUUAACCAAGUAGUUUUACCUAGCACAUUACCAAAUAGUCUCACAACACUCACAUUCGGUUAUUAUUUUAACCAAGUAGUUCCACCUGGCACAUUACCAAAUAGUCUCACAACACUCACAUUCGGUAAUGAAUUUAACCAAGUAAUUCUACCUGGUACAUUACCAAAUAAUCUCACAACACUCACAUUUGGUGAUAAAUUUAACCAAAUAAUUCUACCCGGCACAUUACCAAAUAGUCUCACAACACUCACAUUCGGUUAUGAAUUUAACCAAGUACUUCUACCCGACACAUUACCAAAUAAUCUCACAACACUCACAUUCGGUGAUAAAUUUAACCAAGUAAUUCUACCCGGCACAUUACCAAAUAGUCUCACAACACUCACAUUCGGAACUAAAUUUAACCAAGUAGUUCCACCGGGCUCAUUACCAAAUUGUCUCACAACACUCACAUUCGGUUAUGAUUUUAACCAAGUAAUUCUACCUGGUACAUUACCAAAUAGUCUCACAACACUCACAUUAUGUGAUAAUUUUAACCAAGUAAUUCUACCUGACACAUUACCAAAUAGUCUCGCAAUACUCACAUUCAGUCAUGAGUUUGAAGAAGAAAAUCCAUUUGAUUAUGAUUAUGAUUAUGAUUAA